UUCAAGGACGACUACCUAAAGCCACCUGGACUUGUGUUGUGUUUUCCAAGAAGCAGACUUCCAGAAGGCUCAUCAACUUAUGCAGAGGGUAUAAAUACGAAUCACCGGUGCAUAAUCGUUAUUAAAACAAAAAAGAUACUCAAUCCAAAAUGUUCAAAGUAUUCGUUGUUGCUGUCCUCUUGGGCGUUGCCCUGGCUGAACACAUCGAUAAAGAUGCCCAAACCAAGAGUUUCGUCAGUGAUGUGAGCCCGGAUGGUCAAUACAAUUAUGGUUUCGAAACCAGCAAUGGAAUUAGUGUACAAGGAGCAGGAAAUGUUGAGCAAGCUAGUGGAUCUGCAUCCUGGGUUGCUCCUGAAGGUGAAGCCGUCCGCUUCUCGUAUGUAGCUGACGAAAACGGAUACCAACCAACCGGUGAUCACAUUCCUCCAAUCCCAGAGCAUGUUGUAAGGGCUUUGGAAUGGAUUCGCGCUCAUCCACAAAAAGAAGAAGUUUACAAGAACUAACUCCACUUUGCCUUAUUCAUUCUAUAUUACGUUUUUCAUUUAAAGAUAAAGAUACUGGAAAUAA